AUGGAUUUUUUAACUCGAUUCAAAGGCAGAACCUAAACCAUGAAUAAGAAAGAAGGGGUAACUGGAAUAAUUAAAUCAAACGGCAAUCCUAUAGAGAAAUUACCAACCUUUUAAAGUCUUAGCUCAUUGCUUGCUACAACGGCAUCUAACACGAUCUCUGAUUCUGAGAAGCAGUCCCUCUAUUCGAAUGAUUUCACGCCUAAGAGCAAGGACCCGAAGAUAAUUACUAAUAUUAGCGCAUUUCACAAUAGAAAAUCCUCUUUGGCAUCUCCUCCAACUCCAAGCUCCAAUCUCAAUAUGUCGAAAUCAUAAAUAGAUCUUAAUAGCAAUUAAAAGUAAACCUUAUCGAAGACGGGGUAAACAAAUUUUAAUUUGAGUGAUUACCAAUUGAUUAUCAUCCCGAAGGAGGCAUUAAGUCAAUAUAAAUUGGAAAAUACUGAAUACAAUUUUUAAGGCAAAGAGCCCUUGCAAUAGAUAUAAUAAAGAUAUUAUUGCUCAAAAUCUUAAUCGCUGGAUGCAUAAAAAGAUAAGCCUUUGAUAAAAUCGUAAAUAUUGAGUCAGGGAUCGUAUUCAAAAUAAAAUGAGAGGAAAAAGAGUAUGAUAUAGACAGGUUUGAACACACUUCAAUACUGA